UCGCAAAAUUGCAGUUAUUUUACUCGUUAUAUAUUAAUAAAAAACCGCAAAAAAACAUAAUAUGCAUUGGAAAUAACCAUCUUUUCAAACAAUACAUCCCAUUGCUGCUUUCUAUUUAAAUAACACCUAUAUUUAAUAAUCUAAGAUUAAACAUAUAAGUUAGUGAGUUGUGGAAUAUGUCGGAUAAACAUUUAACGCUCAAUCAACGGGUCAUAGUCGUGGGGAAAGAUGUGAAAGGGUCGAUCGCUUACGUAGGGUAUCCUACGUUUGCAACUGGUAAAUGGAUCGGCAUAAUAUUGGACGAACCCAAGGGGAAGAAUAACGGGACUGUACGCGGCCAUGCCUACUUUCGAUGUGAAGAGAACUAUGGAGUGUUUGUCCGUCAGACACAGAUCCAGCUAUUGGAUGCUGAUGACAACCCCAUGGAGACCUCCAUGACCACAUCCACUGAGGAGACCAGGCCUGCCAACCGGAGACUCAGCAGUAUAACUGUGGCUCAGAGGUCUAGGCCGACGACGGUGCGGAGGAAGGCGUCUCCAGCGCAGACGAAAACUGGAAGUCUCUCGAUGUCGAGUUCCAGGACUUCCCUGGCGAGCAGCCGCCAGUCGCUGACGUCAUACGUGUCCCCCACGGCGGAGAGGGCGGUCUCCCCGGACCUCACCGGCAAGAGGGCCUCCUUCGUUGAGACGGGGUUCGUGGAGACGCUCACCCCUCAGUACACGCCGGGCCAGAGCAUCACGUCUCCACAACCAGCGUCCAAUGCUGAGGAGAAACUGGCUGCCAUGCAGGCCCAGCAAGAGAACACCCAACUGAAGGCGGAGGUGGAAGACCUGAAGGAGAAGCUGGAGACGCUGAGGCUGCGGCGCGCCGAGGACCGGGAGAAGCUGCGCGAGCUGGAGCGGCUGCGGCUGCAGCUGGAGCAGGCCAACGAGUUCAAGGCCAAGAUCAUGGAGUCGCAGGCGCAGCUGCAGAGGGACUUGCAGCGGGCCAAGCAAGAGGUCCGAGAGGUCCAAGAAGCCCUGGACCAGCACAACGACGAGACGGCGGAGCUGCAAGAGGCGGCCGAGAUGGCGGCGCUGGACAAGGAGAUGGCGGAGGAGAGGGCGGAGUCCCUGCUGCUGGAGCUGGAGCAGUGCCGGGAGAAGCUGGAGGAGGCCACCCUGGACCUGCAGCUCAUGCGCGCGGAGAUGGAAGCGGGCGGCAAUAUACAGCACCCGUACGCAGCCGGCGACGGUGGCGCCACCGGCUACGAGGUGCGCCAGCUGCAGCAGCAGAACGUGCGCCUGCGCGACACGCUCGUGCGCCUGCGCGACCUCUCCGCGCACGACAAGCACGCCAUGCAGAAGAUGCAGAAGGAUUUGGAGCAGUAUAAGUCAGAGAUAGCGGAGCUGAGUCGCACUAAAGAGAAGCUGUCGGCGCGCGUCGAAGAGUUGGAAGCGCAGGUGGCUGAUCUGCGGGAACAGGUGGAUGCGGCUCUCGGUGCCGAGGAGAUGGUGGAACAACUGGCGGAAAAGAAGAUGGGCCUGGAAGACCAGGUGGAACUGCUGAAGCAGGACGUCCAGGAGUUGGAGGCGCUGCAGGAGGUGCACGAGCAACUGGUGGAGUCCAACCGCGAGCUGGAGAUGGAUCUGCGCGAGGAGUUGGAGAUGGCUCACGCUGCCACCAGAGAAGCGGUGAGGGAGCGCGAGGCCGCGCAGGAGACCAUCAUGGACCGCGACGGCACCAUCGUGAAGUUCCGCGAGCUGGUGCAGAAGAUGACGGAGCAGUACAACGAGAUGCGCCUGCAGCUGGAGACCAAGCAGGCAGGCUCCCCAGCGCCCAGCGAGGAGGUGGGGGCGGAGGGGGCGCGCUCGUCGCCGCCCGCGGAGCUCGGCUCGCUGGUGCAGCAGUCGCGCGCCUCCACGCGCUCCAUCGACCUGCAGCUGCGCGCGCUGGAGCUGGCGCAGGCCCGCGCGCGCGCCGACAUGCUGGCCGCCUGCCUGCCCGACCACUUCAUGGCGUCCAACGGUGACCACGACGCCAUCAUGUUUAUCUUGCUGCUGCAGCGUUUAAACACAAAGGCUGAAAUCAUCUUAGGACAAAUACGUGAGAAGUUCCCAGCAGUGAACGUGUGGGACAAGGAGUCCAUUAUGAAAACUCACACGGCGGUGCAGUACAGCUUCCGCUGUCAGCUGGAGUACCAGCUGCAAAUGAUCCAGUGCAUGGUGUGCAUGUGGAGCGGAGCCCUGGAGACUUGCACGCCGGAGCUGCUGCUACGCGCGGCGUCCGCGCUGCCCGACGCGGCGCAGCAGGAGCGCGCGCUGGACGCGGCGGCGCAGCUGCUGAAGACCAACGAGCUGGACGAGAACUGCUCGCUGGACGGCAUGGAGCGCUGCUGGUCGUACCUGGCGGCCAUGUGGGCGGCGCUCAGCAUGGGCGCGGUGGAGGGCGCGGGCUGCGCGCGCGAGGUGCUGCUGCACGCGUGCGCCGCCAUCGACGCGCUGGCGCGCGCGCUCGCCGCCGACGCCUCCGCGCUGUCGCACGCUACGCAGCCUGGCGACCAACCGCACGAGCUGAGCCAGCUGCACGAGGCGAUCCAGUCGAGCUGCGGCGCGCUGCAGCAGCAGCUGAAGGGCGUGCGCCGCCGCCUGCCGCCCGGCGUGCGGCUCCACGCGCUGCCCAUAGACAUGCAGCUGGUGGAGCGUCUCCGAGGCGAGAGCGCCAUAGCCCUGUGGCGCGCCGCCCGCGCCACGUCGCUGGCGGCGCGCGCGGCCUGCGCCUGCGCCGCGACGGCGGGCGAGCGCGGCGAGGGCGCUCCGCUGCCGCUGACCGCGCUCGCCGCCAUAUGGAGCGCGGCCAUAGACAAGACCUACCAGCAGGACGAGCUGGGCGCGGUGAAGGUGAUCCAGCGCGCGCUGUCGGCGGCGGCGGCGGACGUCAACAAGCUGGCAGCCUUCACGCAGGACAAGGAGUAUGACGUCAUGGCGCUCACUAACCGAGCCGCUGAAAAGCCUACCCCGCCGAUAGUGGUGCGCGCACAGCUGGUGAAGAAGCAGCUGGAGGAGACCAAGACCCUCACCAUCCGCCUGGAGAACAAGGAGGCUGACAUCAAGGAGCUGAGGAAGGCGCUCAAGGCUAAGCAAGAGGAGCUAUCAGAGAUGCAGAUCCGCCGCGAGCUCGGCGAGAGGAAGCUGGUGGCGGCGGCGCGCGACGCCGACCUGCGCGCGCAGCAGCUGCAGCGCCGGCUGGACGACGCGCAGAACCAGCUCAAGAGGAAAGAGAAAGAGUUUGAAGAGACAAUGGAUCACCUACAACAGGACAUCGACUCGCUGGAGACUGAACGCGGCGCUUUGAGAGACAAACUGAAGUUGUAUGCAAAGAGAGGCACGCAUCACGCAAUGGCGUCACCGGUGUCAGCGCGCGAAUACCCACCGGUGGUGAUAGCGGCACCGACCCCCAAAAGCGUUAAUCAAGAGACCCCAACGAAGGUGUCUCCAGGCAUCGUGGCUGGUGAAGUUAAUGAAGCCCUGCAGCAUCAGCUUAAAGCUCUCAGCUGGACGGUGGAGCGCGAGCGCGUGGCGCGCGUGGCGGCGUGCGCGCGCGCGGACCGCGCGGCGCUGCGGGCGCUCCGCCCCCUGCACCACCCCGCCGCGCCCGCCGCCGCGCAGCGCCGCGCCGCCGCCGCCGCGCUCGAGCGGCAGCUCGCGCAGCUGCACACUGAGUGGACGCUUUUCGUGGCGCGCUCGGGCCUGGUGCAGUUCCCGUCUGAGCCGAGCAAGUACGCGCGCGCGCUGCAGCAGCACAAGGAGAAGCAGAGAGAGGCCAGGCGCAAGCUGGAGGCCCGGCUUUCGGCGCUGCAGGCCGAGGUACGCGGCCUAGUGUCUCUGCACCGGCCGUGGCGCUGCGUCGAGGCGGACUUUGCAGACUUCCCAGCGCCAGAGUUGACCGCCGCGCUGAGCGCGAGGUCUGUGGACGUGGGAGUGAUCAAGUUCCCCGCGCCGGAGCCCAUGAGUGACGACACCAUCUACGUCACGCCCACGCAGCUCGCCAGGUUACGUGAAAUAGUGUCAGAGCUGAGCUCGGACGAAGUUCAACUGGACCUCAAGCAGCUCGACGACACUGUCUGCGCCGCUUGAGCAGAGAGAUAAGAGAGAUUGGAGAAUAGAGUAUAGAGAGAUGAGAGAGAGAAGUCAUUAUAGUCUAAGAUCCGGCAUUAGAAAUGUAUACCCUCAUCUGUUAUUAUUAGUGACUAGCAGACGCCCGCACUUCGUCCGCGUGGAAUUUAGUUUUCACAAAUCACUCGGGAACCAAGGAUUUUCCGGGAUAAAAAGUAGCCUAUGUGUUAAUCCAGAGUAAAAUCUAUUUCCAUUCCAAAUUUCAGCUAAAUCGCUUCAGUAGUAGCGGCGUUAAAGAGUAACAAACAUCCAAACAUCCAUACAAACUUUCGCGUUUAUAAUAUUAGUAGGAUAAGAAAUCAUUAACAACCCAUAUUCGGCUCACUGCUGAGCUCGAGUCUCCUCUCAGAAUGAGAGGGGUUAGGCCAAUAGUCCACCACGCUGGCCCAAUGCGGAUUGGCAGACUGCACACACGCAGAGAAUUAGGAAAAUUCUCAGGUGUGCAGGUUUCCUCACGAUUUAAUUUCUUAAAAUGCAUAUAAUAAAUGAUAAACAAUGUUAGCCACAAACUGUCAAUUAUUUACACGUUUCUGAAAAGCAACCGUCAGUACCCACGCGGCAUACUAUACAAGUCAUGCACGCAAUGACCAACACACGAUCAAUUAUAGUCGUGGGUGCUACAGAAACGUGAGAAUAAUUGACCGUUUGUGCCUAUUCUAUCACUUCUCAUCCCAAAUAAAGAACAGAUGAGUGUUAUAUUUCUUAUGUCGGAUCUUGUACUAUUAGAAGGAGAUUGAAGACAAACACUAUUGAUUAUAAAAUGUAAAAAGACACAAUGUUAUUUAUUAAUAAUGUCAACUAGACUUUUGGAGAACAUCAUUUAAUCUUAUUAAGCUACUGAUAAUUAAUUUUUUUAUACAGGGACUUAUAUUUAGCUAGAUGCCGUUUGUUCGCUCAAUAUAUUAAAUCCAACUUCUUCUUCGCCUGAAAUUGGACGGCAGUGAGAUUGCACGGAAAUUAUUAAUAAAAUUAAUGAUUAAAGUAUUAUUAUUUUUUAAUUAACUAUGUUUUUCUCUCAUUUAUUCAUUAAUGUCCUACUUUUUUUAAUUAAACUUAAUUUACUUACUUAACUUUUUUAAAUUAAUGUAAAUUUAACAAUUUUAAUAAAAUACAAUGUAAAUAUAAUACAAAACAUUUUUCAAAAUUUAUAAAAAAAUAUUCAACCCUCCCGCUGCAGGACAUUUGAGUGUCCAAGCAACCGGUGGUCAGGGUACAGAGUGAAUAUAGCGAAAAGUUGCGAAUGGCACCAAGAAGCUUUCGCUUGAAUCGUAUCGAACUGCUGGAUCAAAAAUCUAAUACAGAAGGCAGCUACUCUUGAGAAGGCGAGUAUUGUGAGGAGGUUCCUCACUCUGGAGCCCUGACCACCGGUUGCUUGGGCACUCAAAAAACUUAUAAUUUUUAAUUGUUUUGUAUUAUUAACAUUAUUAUACAAAUAGACAAAUAAAAUAAAAGAGAGUAAUGAUAUAAAACAUAAGCACUCAUAAAAUCAAUCUUGAGAAAUAUGCGACUGAUGGGUACUUACGGUCUCUAGCUAAAUAUUAGUCCCUGUUUUUAUUUGUAGAAGGAUUAGGUCAUUGUCUGGUCGGUUUCAUCCCGUAUUAUCGAAUGUCAAAUAAAACUUAUUAGAUAUUGUUAUAUAUUAUAUAAUAACAAAUUCUAAUCUCUGUAUAAAUCGACCCAUAUACUGAGUUUAUAAUUAUUGCAUGGAGUAAAAAAAAUAGUUUUUUAAUAGGUUGUCUAUGAAAAACCGUUGUUUCAAUGUUAAAA